GGAAAGUUCUGGAAAUCAUCCAAUAUGACGCGUCUGCUUUUGAUUUCUCUUCUAGCUUUAGUUUUUAAAUCCUGCAUUUGUGAGGAUUGGUGCUACCAGUCCCAGAUGUCCUGUGAACAGCCUUGCAAAGGGCCAGCAGCUUGGAAUGAGGUGAAUGCUGUUUGUGGUGGUAAUAAACAAUCUCCCAUCAACAUAGUGACCAAAAAGACUAAGAAGGAGUCCAGUCUUACCGCAUUCAAAUUCACUGGCUACAGACAGCCGUUUACCAGCACUUUGAAGAAUAACGGGCAAACUGUUUAUCUGGACAUUCCUUCUGGGGCCACUUUGAGUGGGGGAAAUCUCUCAAACACCUAUAAUGCUGUCCAGUUGAAGUUCCACUGGGGCAGCAGUAGCAGCCCUGGGUCUGAACACACCCUUGAUGGAGAACAUUAUCCCAUGGAGCUGCACAUCCUGCAUAUAAAGAACAAAUACCUUACAGUAGAUGAAGCACUGAAUGACGUAACUGGACAAGCAAUCUUGGGAUUCUUCUUUGAGGAGUCAGCCACUGAAAACACGGAGUAUAGUACCUUCAUUGCAGCUGUAACUAAGGUGCAAGAUGCAGAAAGCCACACAGAUCUUAACAUCUCCUUGAACACACUGAUCCUGUCUGAGAUGAAGCUGAGGGACUACUAUCGUUAUGAAGGCUCUCAAACCAUCCCGGGCUGUUCUGAGUCAGUGAUAUGGACCAUGUUUAAGGAGCCUAUUCCACUUAGCAAAGCUCAGCUUGCGGCCUUUUUCGACCUGAAGUCUAAAGAUGGUAAGCCAUUGGUGAACACAUUCAGACCAGUGCAGCCUCGGAAAGGUCGGGUUGUGUAUAGAUCCCACUCUGGUGCAGCUGAAUCUGUUGUAGUGUUAAGCUUCACUCUCAUUCUGUUGAGUGUAAGUACAACUCUGAGCUGUAAUCAACUCUACUAGAGUCAAGAUUGAAGACUCAAAAUUCCUCAAAACAGCUCAAUUGUCAAAACUAGAGAACCAAAAAUAUUGAACACAUAGAUGAUAUUUUAUGAAAGUUUAAAUUAUGAAAUUUAGAUAAUAAUUAUUUUUGAAGAUUUAUAUACAUUAUUAAUAA